AUGGCCCGAAAGAAGAAAGCUCCCCAGUCACAGGUUGCACAGACUGCUGAUAUCCCUGUGCUAAAAACCAUCCUCAAUACACAGACUGAGGGUCUCCCUGAGCCAACAACCCCCACAGUUACCCUUCCUGAUGUCCCCAGACUUUCUCUCGCUUCCGACAUCGUAACAUGGACAUCUGCAAUCAAGAACUGCCUGAAUGUCGAAAAUUUAGAUGGCUUGAUUGAUAACACAAAGCCACGAUCGGCUGUAUUAACUGAGCCAUUGCCGUUGAGAUGGAAAUCCUAG